AAGCACACCACGAAGAUUGACCAGUUCAGGGAGCAUUCUGAUUGGAAAUCCAUAUACUGUACCACUGGCCAUGGUUACACAGACACAUAUAACAGAAGCUGCUGGCUGGAUCCCUGGGAACAGAAAACGAAUACAAGACUUAAUGGAAUCCGAUUUUUCAGAAAGUAAGCGAAACAAAAAGGGAGAUAAAAAUGGAAAGGGUCUGAGGCAUUUUUCAAUGAAAGUAUGUGAAAAGGUCCAGCGUAAAGGAAUCACAUCCUAUAAUGAAGUUGCAGAUGAGCUAGUAUCAGAGUUUACAGACUCUGGUAACCAUGUAGCUACAGAUUCAGCUUAUGAUCAAAAGAAUAUUAGACGGAGAGUUUACGAUGCUCUCAAUGUGUUGAUGGCAAUGAACAUUAUUUCAAAGGAGAAAAAGGAGAUCAAAUGGAUAGGGCUUCCUACAAACUCAGCUCAAGAAUGCCAAAACCUAGAGACAGAGAAGCAACAACUUUUGGAACGAAUAAAGCAAAAGAGAACUCAGCUGCAAGAACUUUUGUUGCAGCAAAUUGCUUUCAAAAACUUGGUUCAAAGAAAUCGACAGAAUGAACAACAGACUCAAAGCUCACCAUCUGUGAAUUCCACACUAGCACUGCCUCUUCUAGUAAUAAACACACACAAAGAAACAAUUAUAGAUUGCAGCAUUUCUUCUGACAAAUUUGAAUACCUUUUCAAUUUUGAUGAUGCUUUUGAAAUCCAUGAUGAUACUGAAGUAUUGAAACGAAUGGGAAUGUCACUUGGCCUAGAGGCAGGCAAAUGCUCAUCAGAAGACUUAAAAACUGCUAAAUCACUAGUGCCAAAAGCUUUAGAAAACUAUGUUACAGAUAUGUCUACAGGGAUGUAUUGGCUGAACCAGGAACUAGUGUUAAAUUCUGUUAAAUCAGGUUCCACCUUGAUGACAACUGGGGACACUGUGUCUAUAACAACUAUUUUUAAGUCAAGUGAAAAUUCAGAACUAUGUCUGGAUGCUGAAGCAGCCUUAGCAGCAGGACAGUUGUGGCCCUCAAGCAGCCAACAGUCCGGUGGUACAACACUAUGCUACUCACAAUCAUGUGGUGAAACCUUUUGUUCCUUCAAUGAGAAGGGGGAUGAAUAUAACUCAUCUUCAUCUGAAUAAAGAUAUGCCAUCUAUAUGAAAUCCUGCCCUUAUACAUUAUUCAUAUGAGCUUAUGUUCUUUAUGUAGUUUUCUUUCACAUUUACCUCUUCAAUUGUGUUAAAGUUUAGAAAAGAUGCAUCUAAUAUCUAAUAGAGAUUGGAAACUGUAAUUGUGUACAGAAGGUGUACCAAUACGAAGCAAACAAAGAAUAUGAUAAGUGAUUAACCUGUGUAUAUAAGAUACAGUGUGGAAGCUUCCUAAUAGACAAAUGAACUUUUUAGAACACUUAUUGUCAUUGAGGCACGUGGCAUACAGGUAUGUCACCUUCCCAGUAUACUCAGCCCAUAUCUGUACAGAAGAUUGAAAAGAAAAAAUGAAGGUCUUAUACACUUUAAUCAGAUCACUUAUUUAUUCUUGUGUUUGGCUUAGUACUCAUAUUGUUUGCAGGUUUAACACCUAAGUAUAUGUAUUUUACUCUAGUCUUUGUGAAGGUGUCUGUUUGGGAAAGGACAAAAUAGUGCAAAUAUUUAAAAAACUACAGAUCUGCUCGAAGUAUUAAAAAAAAUAAAGUUGGGGAAUGAUACAUUUCCACAACUUUAAAAAUCUGUUCUCAACUUUAAAAACAUUUAACAAUAAAGCCAUAACAGUAUGUCAUUGUAAAUUGUGUAGAGCUAAUCAGAAAACAAAUUCUGAUUUCUUCAGAGUAACAAUACAGAUGGGAAUAUGUCAUUACUCAUGACAGUGAACUAUAAGUUAAUGACAAUUUUAAAAAAUACAAGCCAUUUUAGCUGAAAGCAUUGUGCUUUGUAUCAAGGGUAAUGAAAGAAAUAUUUUGUGCUGGGGUAUUACAUAACAGUUUUGUUCUACAGUGACUUCUGCUUUAUAGAAGAACAGCAACUGCUAUGUCUCAGCAGGUGUCAAGAAUUGCCUCUGAAACUAAGCAGGGCUGGGUAUAGUUAACUAUUGAUGAGAGACCAUCAAAGGUUUCCAGAGCGGUAGGCUACGCUGGGAAGUUUUUAAAACCCCCAGAAGACAACUGUGGUAACUACUUUUGCACACUUUGUGCCCUCCCUGCCAAAAAAUGCAUAGCUAUGUUAACAUGUCACCAGGAGUCCAGAUUGACUUCAGGAUUUCUUUUAGGUCCAAGCAUAAAGUAUUAAAUAGCAAAAUCUAUUUAAUUGAAGUUCUAUGUCAGAAUGCUAUCCAAUGAGACAAAGAGUAGUGAAAUUUUAAAAUGUUGCAUAUGGCCCAGUAGCAUGCUGCACUGUACUCCUUUAAAAAGAACAGUACAGGUUGUCUGUCCUUCAUCAUAAUUCAUAUUGCAAAUGAUUUUGACCCAGGAAUUCGCUAUCAUGAAGUAUAGAAAAUAACCUAAACGAAUAACCUGUACAAAAUCUGGGGUAUAGCUAAGGGUAGAUCCCUGAACUUUAUCGUAGAACUUGUUUUUAAUUCUUAGUUGGAAAUGAAUCAAAGUUUUUGUUCAUAAUCUCCCCAUACUUUGCAAAAAGAAAACAAAACUACAAAAGGCACUGUAGCUAAAAUGCAAAUUUAUUACACAAUCUUAGGAAGUGUGAGCUAGGGGGCCAAUGUUCUGAUACUCAAUUUUAGUUUUUAACGAACACAUGAUACAACUUUAGAACUGAGCUUUUUGAAGUAUCACUUUAUGUUAGGCUUGCUGCUUUUAUGGUUCAGGGGGAAAUAAUUCCUAUACAUAUUACCUUUUACAUACAUUUUACAUGCAUAAAAUUCCAAAUCCAUUACGUUUUCAUGCUUUAAUUUUUUGGCAGGUAUUUACCCUUUUGCAUGCUGUUGGUUGUGGUAGAGCAAGGUGCAAAGUCAGGUAGGGCAGAAGAAUCCUGGCUCAAUUGUCUAUUUAUCGUACUUGCCUGAGGUCCCAGGCAAUUAUCUUCACAUACUUUUAGGCACGUAUGCAUACCAAUAUAGACUAAAAAUGUAUAAAUUAAUGUAAUUCUGUAACGGGCAGUAGGAAUAACUUUGAGGAACAGGAGGAAGAGCUGC